AUGAACAACCCGACAUACUACGCUAGACGAUACAGAACUCUGUACUCGCCCGACGCACUCAACUUUGCGACGCGCCAGCCGCGACCUGCAUUAGCCGCGGUCUACUCGCCUGCUCCUACAGGGAUCCAUUGCGGGCUACCCAAAGCCGUUUCUUCAGCAAGGAAUCCCCGAGUGUUGUUGACACUUCUGCUUCCAAUUGCCCUGGCAACUGGUGCAGUUACACUCCUCGAAGGUCGCCUGAACUCAACUCAGGGCUUGGCACACGAGCGCAUCGUCGAUCAAGCCCCCGGUGCCCAGGAGGUGAAAAGAAAAAGAUUGCUCGACGCAUAUGGUGACCGGGAAAGCUUGGAGAGACUUGCGGAAGUAACUGCGAUUUACGAAGCCACCACCUAUUAA